CCUGUUUUUAGGGCAGCGCCCCUCCCGCGCCUGUGAUCCCGCCGUAGCCCCCUUGACCAACGGGGGGGCGCGGCUCGGAGAUGCCAUGGCGCCGGUGCGGCCGGCAUGGGAAGGCGCGAAGCGCAGCUUCGGCUUCAUGGUGCCCAAGAGCCAGCGGCAGGCGAAGGGCGAGACCGGCAGACUCGCCAGGCAGCUGUCUCCAUCUGAGCUGAGCACUGCUGUGCGAGUCGCAUCGCAAGGACCCAGGAAGCAUGAUUUGCGCAUGUGGCGGGAGUACGCGGAGGCCACGCUCUUCCAUGCAGGGGCACUACUGCCGAAACACAUGGCUUUCAUCGCCAACGGCUUUGCGCGGGCCGAAGUGCCCGACCGCAAGGUCUUCAGCCGCUUGUCGGACCAGGCUUUCAAUCACGUAGAGGACUUCGAGCCCCGGGACAUUGCGCUUUUUCUGAACGCCUAUGCCCGGCUGCGGUUCCGGGACCUCGCGCUGUUCCAGGCCUUCUCCGGCGCCAUUCAGAGGAGCCCACCAACUGGCUUUGGGGAGCAGCAGCUGGCUCUCCUGUGCAAUGCCUAUGCCAGGCUUGAGAUCGCCGACGGCGACUUGUUCAAGAAGAUGAGCAGCUGGACGGUGCAGAAGGUGACGGAGCUCACGCCGCAAGGCGCCGCCACGGUGGCAAACGCCUACGCCAAGGUCCUGCUCGCUGACAAGGCUCUUUUUGCUGCGCUAACAGAGGCCAUCAGUCGGAACCUCGCCGACUUCAGUGCCCAGCACCUGGCCAACCUGCUGAAUGCCUAUGCGCGCCUGGAGCUGCGAGAUACCGUGGCCGUGGGCAAGCUGGCGCAGCAGAUCCCAAACCGCGCCCGGGACUUUGUGCCGCUGGAGUUGUCACAGGCACUGCAUGCCAUCGUCAAGAUGGGGAUGGCCUCGGAGCAGCGGAGGGCCAUGGUGUGCCUGGCGGAGGCGGUGCAGGAGAGGGCCCCGGAGUUCCACAGCCGCCAGCUGGCGCUAACCAUCCACUCCUUCAGCAUGCUGAAUACAAGCCACGGCCGGCUUUUGCAAGACCUGGCGCCACAGGUCUUGGCCACCAUGGGCAUGGCCGACGACCAGAGCACAGCCCUUCUCUUUUGCGCGUACGCGCGGGCUGGGCAAGUUCAGGCGGAGGUGUUGCGUGGCCUGAUGGAGAAGCUCCUGGCCAGUGCUGCGGGGGCUGGGGAGCAGAUGCAGGUCCAGCUCUUCUACGCCUGUGGGCGAUUGGGCCUUCACAAGGAGCCUUUGACCAUCCACUUGGCUGACCUCCUGCGGAAAAGCGUGCCAGAGCUGUCCUCGCAGCACGUGGCAAACUGCCUGCUGACCUUGGCGCGGGUAUCCCUUUGCAGCGAAGAGUUUGCCGCGCUGUUGGCGGCGUUGCAGGCGCGCUUGCUGAGGCGCGACCUGGGCUUUGAGCCCCAGCAGCUGGCCAACUCCAUGCACGCCCUUGCUGGUAUUCACGGAGAAGGGGCACCCCCGCAGGGCGUGCCUGCCUCCCUGCCCGGCUCGGUGGUGCAGCGACUCCUGGAGAAUGUGAAGUCUGGCGCAGGCGAGUGGGAGCGCAACCCCCAGCUGCUUGCCUCAGUGGCUAUCUCUUGUGCUCGCUUGCGGUUCUCCUCUGUGGAGCUUUUCGCCUGGGUCAGCCAGACAGUGCGACGUGCCACGCCCUGCAACUUAUCAAAGCGCAACUUGUCUGAUCUCCUCAGCGCCUACUCAGUGACGGGGCUAUUUGAUCUUGACUUGUUCUCGUGGGUCUUGAGCCAGUUGGAUGCUGGCGGCCUGCAGUCUGUGCCCAUGGACUGCUUGAUGAACACGCUGCGGGCACUGGACUAUGCGAGCUUCUCAACAGAAGGCCAACUGGAGGACACCCACUGGCCAGAGCCAGAUCCUUCCGAGCCAGGUGAGUCGGCCCAAUCACUCCUGUUCAUGCAGUGCCCUCGUGAGUUCCAGACACAGGCAACCAGCUUCUACGAGCGGGUCGGCCUGGCGGUGCUGACGCACUCGCGGAGCCUGGCGCCGCGCAUGAUCCAGGAGGUGGCCUUGCCCUUUGCCAGAGCUGGACUCCUUGAUUCGGCCGUGCCUUGCGACCUGCUUAGCGGCCCUGCGCGGGACUUCCUGGCGGCGGGGGCAUCGACUCCACCACAGGAGCCGUUGCUCAGCCCGCCAGGCCCGGAUGAGGCCGAGACGAGGUCCGGUACCGAAGCGCCGGAGUGCUUGGUGGACUACCUCUUGGAGGAGCUCAACUGGCAAAGCGGCGGCAGCUCAAGCUCGACGGAUGGGGUGCGACCGGCUCGCCUGUUGGCGCGGUAUGCCGCGCUGCUGCCGGAGGAAGGCAGUUCGAAGAGCAAGCCGUCAGUGCCCGCAGCAGUUCUGGACCCCAUUUUGAGGAAGCUGGGCAAUGUGCUACGUGACUCCGCUGACAAAUUGUCUUUCCAUGAAUUGGCCGGCGCAUUGGCCACCCUGGCAGAUGCGGGCAUUCGACCCAACAACGUGCUGGAGGCGCUGGGCAGCGCCGCAGAGGCCUUCGAUCGGUUCCAACCCAGCGAGGCCGUGGCGGUGGCGGCGCUACUCCAUGGCUUGCAAUCCUCAGGCCGCAGCCUGCAGCCCUUCCGGCAGCGCCUGGGGGCCUUCCUGGACGCCUGGGCGCAGGAGCUGUCGUUCCCCUUGGGUGACAGGCCUUUGCAGGUGGUGGCAAGGCUGCUGGCGGCUGCGGAUCACCAGCUGGUGAAGCAUCAGGGGGACUGCCUGGUGCAGCUCCUGCACUCGACGCUGACAGAGGCCAAUGCUAGUCUUCACUUCGAAGACCUUGCUGACUUGCUCAGAGCACUGUGCCUUUUGCAAGAACCCGCCAGCGAAAUGGAAGAGCUGCUGAAGGCUUUGCAAGAGACCAGUGCCGUUCUCCAGAUUCGCCUGUGCGCCGCCGCUGCCAGUGCGAAGCCUGAAAGGGUCUUAGCGCUGCUUCAGGCGUUGCCCGUGUCCCCUGACAGCUGGAGCCCGCAGCUCCUGACUGCGCUCGCCGAGCGGCUGCUGGACGACUCCCAGGUCCUCGGCGGCUCCGGCUUGGCGGCGGCGCUCCAAGCCUUCGCGAGGCUGCGCGCCCUGGAUGCCGGUCAGGCGCGGGAGGAAGCUUCCCAGCGGCUUGCGCGGGCGGUGGCCUCCCUCAUGCGCUCCAUCUUGGUGCUGGAUAGGAGGCUGAGCAUCAGCGAAGCUGCCAGGGGCGCCCACUUCUGCGCACAGGUCCUGGAUUCGCGCGCGCUCACGGAAGCGGAGCGCGCGGAGGCCCAAGCAGGCUUGGCACGGCUGUUGGAGCGACUCUGUUGGGAGAGGCAGCGGUGGUCGAUGGAGGACCGCAAGCUGAUCACGGAGGUGGCGACGCUGUUGCGCUCGGAGUACCCAGAGCUGCUCAGCGGUCGAUGGGUGCGCCUGGGUGCUGCUCUUGGCGAGGCAUACCGUUUUUUGAGAAAUCUAGUGGCGGCGAUGGUCAUGGCGGCCUGGCGGCUCGCCUGGUUGCCGGUGGCCUUCUGCAUGCGCAGCAGGACGGAGACGGGGCAGAAUGUGUGCAUGCUGACGGCAUGCCUUACCGCCGACUCUGCGACCUCGGUGGUCAUCAUGGCCUUGCAAGACUGGCAAGGGAUGAUACCGCUUCGAACAGAAGACCUUCCAGGAGGGGACUUCAAGUUGCGGCACCAGAUCGCCCUCACCACCGACGCGGGCGAGGGUCACUUUUGCUACAGCCAUUUAGCUGGCGGCUUUUGGGCGGGCGCUGUCAUGGGCGCUGCGGUGGGCGGCAAAGUGGGCGCUGUCGGGUUCUGGGGAGGCCCGCUUAUCGGCGGUGUCACCAGCGCUUUCGGGGCCAUGGCGGGUGCUUUCGCGGGCGGAAUGGUGGCGAAGGUGGUCUCAGGCAAAGCAGGUGCCAACUGCGGCGGGGUCAAUUUGGCCGUCUACUCCAAGCGCAAGGUUGCGGUGGACAUCGAUGUGAAUGAUACUGACGCUGUCCGGGCGAUCCGCUCAUCAACAACUGCAACGACUGUCAAGGGAACCGUUGCGGCUACAUUUGGGAUCAGCGGCAGGAGCCUGGUAAUGGCAUCCACACACGGCACGGAAGGCGUCCGCGGCAAGAAGAAAGCAGAGCCCUGCCAGGCCGCGGUAGCUCACCCUGCUGAGCGGCAGCGCGUGUUAGACUUCGAGACCGCCCUGAGAUCGGUCAACGAGUUGCGCAAGAACGUCAGCAAGGCGGCUGUGCUGUGGGGCGGCGACUUCAAUCCGCGGACAGUGCAGCCAUUGGGCAGCCAGGCGGGCUGCCCGGUGUGGCCGAAUUCUGGGGACCCGGAGGAGGACUUGGCCAACCUCAGGGCAGGCCAGGAUAUUCUGGGCGUCGGCACGGCGGGGGAGCUGGUGACCUUCCGCCAGCUCCUUCACGACCAGAGCCUCUCGGAGGUUCAGGGCUUGAAGUGCCCGACAUACAAGAAGAUCUCCGCUGAGGAUGUCAAGCCUGACAAGAGAACUUUCGGUGCCAAGAGCACGGCAGCUGGAUGUACUACAAGUCAUCACAUCCGCCCUCCUGGGUGGAUAGAAUCUUUCGCAGCACCGACACUCCAUGGCUUCAAUGCGGAGAAGCACAGCGGGUGA